AUGCCGUUCAGCUCCCAUCCCUCAUCGCCCAACUUCUCCGAAGAUCUCUCCCGUUUCCCCUCCGAGUCAUUACACUCCUUCUCUUUCGCCCACCAGUCCGAGGAGUAUAUACAUAACCGGCAAAAUGUCCUCAAGCGAUCCAUAGAAUUCAUGAAAGACCGGAUGGGAUGGUCCGUCUCGCCCUCGAACGUUGCGCUUGCGAGCGCCCAGGCAAGAGCCUCCGGGGAUGUCGAGACUCAGAACAUGCUGGAUUUGUUGGCUAGGGCACAACUCGUCGGAGCGGGCAACCUCCCAUCCAUGGAUCAGUCCAUCCUCGGUCCUUUGACAGGACCCCCGCAGGUUUCGGGGGAGAAUCUCUUUGAAGCGAACUUCAUUCCUCGAACAUCAAGCCCUGAACCCUUCCAGUCUCCAAGCGCCUCUCCCACCGCGACCCAAUUUGCAACAUUUCCUCCGAACGACGGACCGUCAAUAAAGCAGCAAGAUGAAACCCCGAAAGUCGCCACGGGCGACAGUGAAUCGGAAAACUCGAGCAGGACGCCGACGAACGAGAGUGGCACGACUGCAAAGACAUCCCCGCCGCCGUCUCGAAGACUUAGCCUGAAGCGAACGCUCACAGAUACGCUCCCGGUCUCGGUUCAUCAACAGCUCAUUGACACCAUGGCACAACCGUACCUAGCAGCUCAAGAAAUGUUAGCUUCACCAACAACCGCACACCCUCUGUCCGCAGGGAACAUGCCAAGUGCACUUGGCGCAGCCGUGCAUGGGCACUCGACGCGGUGGGUUCCAGCAGCUCAGGCCAUUUUCACAACAGAGUCCAAACCGCCAUGGACGAUUAUCGCAGCCAACGACCUGGCUUGCUUGGUGUUCGGAGUUACAAAGGCAGAGGUACGACGGAUGGGUAUACUGGAGGUUGUUCAAGAGGAGCGGAGAGACUGGUUGGAGAAGAAGUUGCUUCAGAUGGACCCCGAAGACACAAUCAAGGAGGCAGAAGACAUUCCGAAAACGACUGCGCCUGCACCGACUGCAUCUGCUGCCUCAACGACGUCACUUCUAGGCGGACGAGGUGGAAUUACGGCACAGCUCUUGAGCAAGCCGAACUCCAGGUCACAGCCCCCGAAAGUGGUCACUCGCAAGGCUCAAACCGUCCACAGCGGAGAUCCCAGCCCGCCCAAACUUAGGGGAAGCUCACGGCACCAGAGCAGUCGGUCGAGAGGCGUCCUUUUGUGCGGUGACGUGGUUCCAAUCCAGAAACGAAACGGUGCGACGGGCUCCGCAAGUUUGUGGGUAAAGGAGAAGCGGGUUGGUCUCAUUUGGGUCCUUGAGGAAAUCCACGAAGACGUGGCCCAGAUUGAGCUCGACGACGACGGCAUUGUCCAGAAAAUUUCAGGAGCAACAGCACCAAUUUGGGGCUUUGAGUCACUGAGACCUGGCGUGGAUAUUGGCAAGCUGAUCCCACGCAUUCCUCGGCAAGGCAUCGACCCUCGCACUGGCGAAGUAGACUUUGCGCAGAUUGCGAGGCGUAAGUUUUUCACAUGCCCAAACCCGAACAAAGUCAACAUUCCCUGCAGUGUUGAGCAAGUACGGGGCAAGACAGAGCUACGCGUCUCGAGCUUCCCGCACAUUGCAGGGAUUAUCGUCGUGGAUCCAGAGACUCUGAAGAUCCAAAGCUCAAACUCGGUCUUCUGCGGCGCUCUGUUUGGCUACGAAAAGCCCGACGGCAUGGCCAUUGACUCUUUGGUACCCGAUUUCGAAAAGAUCCUCCAUAUUCUGACGGAAGAGGAUGGUGUUCAAUUGCAGGAUGGGAUUGUGGUGCCAGAGCACAGCUUCCGCCGGGCGUCGGCGAUUCUUGGUCUUCGAGAAAAUCGCCCAGAUGCGGCUGCGAGUUUCUUGCGGCCGGACGGGGUACCCGGAAAGCACAGGGAUGGGUCAGAGCUCAAGGUUGACGUGCAGAUGCGGGUGGUAAGAAGCGCAAAACAGUCCACCGUAAUCCAAGAGACUGUCAUCGAGGACGAGGAUGAAGAUAAGGACGGAGACAACCAGGACGACUCUUUCUCGGUUACCCACUCAGAAAUGGUCUUCGCCCUUUGGAUUACCUACUCCAGGCACAUGCACGCCGCCCGGUCAACGCUCGGUGUGACGUCGGCGUCCGCCUCUGGAACGACAACUCCCUUGCAUCAGCCGUCUCCUGGGCAGACACCGGCGCACACCCCGCUUGAGAUUAGUUCGGAUUCCGAUGAGCCAAAGCCUCGAGAGUCUUCGUCGUCGACAGCAUCCGCCAUCACCAAACAACUCAAGGAAGUCGCGAUGACGGCCGCCGCAAGGUUGACUGGCUCACAGCGUCCCGCCGAAAAGAAGCAGGAAAAGCCAUCUGUACCAAAACUUGUUGAGCCAGCGCAGCAGAAAAAGUCCAUCGAUGAUUUCCAGAUCCUCGAAGACAUGGGCCAGGGUGCAUAUGGUCAGGUCAAGCUGGCCAAGGACAAGAAGACGCAGAAGAAAGUGGUCCUCAAGUACGUGACCAAGCGACGUAUCCUUGUAGACACAUGGACGAGAGAUCGAAAGCUCGGCACAGUCCCUCUGGAGAUUCACGUUCUCGACUAUCUGCGCCGGCCCGACCUACAGCACCCCAAUAUUGUCGAAAUGGAAUCCUUCUUCGAGGACGAGGUCAACUACUACAUCGAGAUGGUGCCUCACGGAUUGCCGGGCAUGGAUCUGUUCGACUAUAUUGAGCUCCGCAGCGACAUGGAGGAGGCUGAGUGCCGCAGUAUUUUCGUCCAAGUUGCCAAGGCUAUCGGCCAUUUGCAUACCAAGGCAUUGGUGGUCCAUAGAGAUAUCAAGGAUGAGAAUGUGGUCUUGGAUGGCGAGGGCAACAUCAAGUUGAUCGACUUUGGAAGUGCAGCGUACAUCAAGAACGGCCCCUUUGACGUCUUUGUGGGCACUAUUGAUUACGCUGCUCCCGAGGUACUCGCUGGCAAGCCAUACGGUGGCAAGGAGCAAGAUGUUUGGGCGCUCGGAAUUUUGCUCUACACGAUCAUCUACAAGGAGAACCCGUUCUACAGCAUUGACGAGAUCAUGGACCGAGACCUUCGAGUCCCGUGGACGAUGAGCGAUGAGAGCAUUGACCUAGUGCGGUGCAUGCUCAACCGGGAUGUGGCUGCGAGAUAUGACAUCAACCAGGUUCUCGCGCAUCCUUGGUGCCAGGAGGUCGACGAGGAGUGA